AUGGGACGAAUGAUUCGUGUCAAGGUUUUCCGUUCAUGGAGAGUGAGAGAUCAUCCGAAUGAUGUGUCAACAGAGCUAAUCUUGGUAGACGAAGAGGGUACAUUUGGACAUGCUACCAUCCCGGCAUCACUCAAUGGUGUUCCAGAAUUUAAUUUGUCGGAGGAUCGAACUUAUGUUAUAGAGAAGUUUGAAGUCAAGGAUGACAGAGAACAGAUCCAGAAAACUAAAAUCGGUUAUCGGAUCUUCUUCACAGAAAAAACUAUUAUCAGUUUUGCAAGAGAUCCUAUCAUUUGCAAAUCUUUUAAUAAUCUAGAUUUUAAACGUAUUUAUGAUAAUGCGUUUCAUGGAAGAUGGCCUUACGAUGUAAUCGGCCAGAUCGUUGGUGUCAGAAAUCUUGAUAGCGUCAAAACGAAAGGGAAGGAUAAUGUCAAAUUGAGCUUCGAUUUGCAAGAUUUAACUGGAACCCGGUUAAAUUGCACGGUGUGGGGUGAUCUUGCAAAGGAUUUUGAUACACAAAUAAAAGAACAUCAAGAUACUGUUGUCGUUUAUGUAAUACGAUUUGCAUGCUUGAAGGAAUGGAAAGUUAUGUCUGAAGUAGACGCGUUUCGAAAGAAGUUGCCUACUGAUGCUGUUGAUUUAAUACAACUUGAUGAUGAUCCAAGCCCUCAGAAACCAAAAGUGACAUUAUAUGAAGAGUUUUUCAUCAUGAACGAAAAAAGUACUAUGGACCAAAUCGUUUAUUCACUUGAGGCGCGAACAUGUGUGACAAUCGCGACAAUACAUUCUGUUGAAUUGUUGCCUAAAUGGUAUUAUAGUGCCUGUCAAAUUUGCAAUAAGAAGGUGCAGCAGUAUCCGCCAGAAUCUCAAACUGGAGCAGAUUUACUUUAUAUUUGUGGAGUUUGUGAUGCUGAUGUUACGGAUGUUGAUUAUAAGUAUAAACUCAUACUUCAUGUUGGGUACGGAAGUUCGCAAAAGAUUAAGCUGCUCUUAUUUGACGGUCUUGCCCAACUAUUUAUUGGAAAAAAGGCAGAAGAACUGGUUUUGGAAAAACCUAAAUUUUGGGAUAAGGAUGACAUGGUUGUGCAAUUUGGCAAGGAACUCUAUGGAAGGAAUGAACUUUCAAAUAAUUAUUCGGAUGUCGACGAUCAUAAGUUACAAAUCGCACCAGCUGACAUGAGUUUGACUUUAUCUAAGAGAGAACAUACAGAAAGCAAUGUUGGGUCGAGCGGGGGUCAUAGCAUGAAGACAAGGAAAAAGAUCAAAACUGAACCCCAAAAUUGA